CGAUCAAUUUGAAAAGUGAUGAUUGAUCAGUCAAGCCUGCAUAUGUUUACCAAACGGCCAGCACACACAGGCGGAUUUUCGGUUUUUCAAUAUUUGCCACAGUAUUAUGCGCCGCUGACCAACUGUCUGUUUUGUUCCGCCACUUGACGGCGGCGUGAUAGUGCAUGCGUCGCUUUUUUCUCUCCCUUCUUCAUCGGCUGCCGCUGGAUUUUCCCGGAUUAUGCCUGCUUUUAUCGCUGUUUUUCCUGCGGAUUUUUGUUCCUUUGUGAUGGCGGAUAUUUUCCACGGAUGAUAGCAUCGGUUGAUCGUGUAUGCCUGGAGUGAUUUUUCAUUUUUGCCGUGUGUGAUAAGUGCGGUCCAGUGCGUUUGAUUUAAUUUAAUCGGGUCUUGCUGCUUAAUAUGAACCGGGCUAAUUAAAUGGCCAAUGAGCAGCCGGUCAGCCAGGGCCGGCCCGCCCCCUUUGGCCAGCUGCACUGCGCGAGCUAUGCCGUGCCUGGACCAGACAAUGGACGGCCCGCCCCGUUCGCGUUGUUUACCAGUGAAGAAUGCAGCAGUCUGUCUGCGCCGUGUGAUACAACCUCUCUGUCUGCGCAGCGUGAUUUAGCCUCUCUGCCUGCGCCGUGUGAUGGCACCGGUCUGCCUGCACAGCGUGAUUUAUCACAUGCACAGCACCGUGUGCGUGACGGCGCGACUAGCAGCAGCGUGAAUAUUCGGAAUAAUUCAAAUUGGCUAAUUCGGGAUGCGCAUGUGCCUGCCUGUGAUCUCUGCCAUCUUAUCCAGCAACUCUACUGUGAACGCGCGAUUUUGUGGAAGUGGCUGUACGAGAGUGUGGCGUGUGACGAGCAGACGGAGGACCAUCCCGCCGCGUCGUCGGAGCUGGUUAAUGGAUGGCCGCACCACAACAAUUCCCCGCAAUCACAUUCAUCCUCAUCCGCGGAAACGGUUGUUGUGCCUGACGCGUGGCCGUGUCCGGCCUCGGAGCCCCCGCCGCCCGUCCCGGCCGGUGUCGCCGGUCCGCCGUGUCCCUUUCCCUGGGCCGUAGUGCCGCCAUGCCAGCGGCUGCAGCAGAUUGACCGCGAGCUGUCCAAACUGCGCCAGCUACACUAUUUGACCGAGCGUGAUAAAGCCAUGAAGUCCGUGUCGAGCGGGUCCAGCAGCGCCAGCGCCGUCGGGACGGCCACCGUGCGGCCGCGCCGCCCGACGGAGGAAUUCAAUGGCCACGCGGCGCCCCCGCUGCCGCACCAUGCCGUGCCCGCGCUCAGCGAGGGCUCCGUGCUCCUUCUGCAGCGUGAGUCAUUCAUGGAGCUGUUAUCGAAGCUGCCGGCGUCGAUCGACCUGCUGCUGACCCUGAGCACGUCCCCCGAGAACUGCCUGGCCCUGACGCACUUCAGCGCCAUCCCCGUCGUCGUCGAACUGAUCCACGACGCCGGCCAGGGCUUCAGCGCCGCCGGCGGGCGGGAGGUGCGCGACAAGGCCGAGCGCGUCCUCAACCAGCUGGUCAUCAGCCAGAUCGAGGACAAACGCUGCCGCCGCGAGGUCUUCGUGCUGCGGAUGCUGGAGAAGCUCCGGCAGUACUCGUCACGGGUGCUGUACCAGCCGCAGAGCCUGACCAAAGACGAGGAGGACCUCCCGGAUGCCUUCCCCGUCCCGGCGUUGAGCGCCCUGUGCGAGAAGACCUUCGAGGCGGACUACCGGCACACCUUCUCCUAUUUAGGCGGCGUGCAGGCCGUGGCGGAGGUGCUGACGGUCAACUUUGAGCGCUACGACCACACCACGUCCCGCUACCACGCCAACAUCCGCAAAUACGCUUGUUUAAUUUUGACCAACGUCACCUGCGGCGACGGGAUCAAGAAGGCGGUGCUGUGCACGUCGCGCCGCUUCCUGGACGUCCUGGCGCUCCUGCUGACCGGCGGCCCGGAGGAUCUCCGCGGCAAGACCGCCGCCGUGGUGCGCAAUCUCAGCUGGAAGGCCGACGUCCACAGCCAGGAGAAACUGCGCGAGGCCAAGAUUGUGCCGGCGUUGUUGCGGGCGCUGAUGAAGGCGGAGCAGGCGGAGAACCACCUGGUGUCGAUGCUGUGCGCGCUGAACAAUCUGUCGGCGCACUGCGACGAGAACAAGAACGACAUGUGCGCCUACGAGGGCGCACUGGCGCGGCUGGUCGGCCUGCUCAAGCACAAACCCGCCACGGAUAAACUCGACGUCCCGGAGAACGCCGGCUCCGUGCUCUACCGGUUGUCCAAGAUUAUUGCUCACCGCGAAGAUUAUCGACAGAUUCUACGGGACCACCAGUGUCUGGACAUCCUCGUGGAGCACCUGCGCUCCCCGCACCUGGGCUGGGUGAGCAACGCGGUGCGCAUCAUCUGGGUGUUGAGCAGUCGCAGUCUGGAAGAUCAGCAGCAUCUGUGGGAUGUCGGCGCCGUGACGCUGCUGCAAACCCUGUCCACAUCCAAAUACCCGGCCAUCGCCGAGGGCAGCGGCCGCGCCUUCCGCCACCUGAUGGCCGCCGUCCGCGGGGAGGGCGGCCGCACGCGCAGCCUGCAGUCGCAUGCCUCCGUGCCCAGCAGUCCGCUGGUGGCGCGCCAGGAGAGGGGGCAUCCGGCCAAUCGCUCGUUGCGGGAUUUUCACCGGUUUAGGAGACCGGAUGUCCCGCCGCCGCAACAGCAGCAGCCGCGGCCCAUGAUGAAUCUCGUGGAUAAUAUUGCCAGACAGGUAGCCGGUGGUGAGACGCAGCCCUCCCCACCCACCAGCCCCGUGGCCCCCGCCCACCCCGCCACCCUGUACGACGCCGACGAGCCCAGCGACCUGGACGUGCCCGGCACCUGCGACGAGUUCGUGGACUUUACCCGCAAACAACCGCGCCAGCUGGACGACUAUAGCGCCCCGGAGACCGUCACCCGCUUCAGCACCGAGCGCACCCCCAAACCCCGCCCCGGGACCGCCGGCACCCCGCUGCGCAGCGUCCUGCACACCACCGCCAUCUCCACGGUGGGCUCGCGGGGCUCCAGUCCCGAUUCGGGGCCGGACGUGCCCACCCCGGCGAUCCGUGGCGGGGAGGACGCGACGGAGUAUAACAGUUGCGUGGCGAGCGGGACCAUGUCGCCGAAUAAUCUCAUGACGGAGAUGGAGCGGGAUGCGUUCUUUGAUGAGAUCCCGCCGUCGCCCAGCUUGAUGAACCGGUCGCCGCGGGCCAGGACGGGAAGGCGGAGGAUGCUGCCCACCCCGCCCGUGGAGCGGCCGGGCGGGAGGGCGGAGGCGGGGUUUAAGGAGGACGGGGUGGAGGAGAAGCCGGUUGUCUAUAAGGAUGAAGGCUUAUCGAAAGCCACGUCGCUGAGCAGUAUCGUCUCCUCGUGCCUGGUGGCCACCCACCCACCCCCCAAACCCCCGGCCCCCGCCGCGGGCGCCCCGCACCCCCCGCUGCCCAACGACCUCCACCCCGCUGCGCCCCGCCCCCUCCGCCGGCGCCCCGAACCCUCGCCCCCCGUCGCCGAGAAAAAAGAGGAGGAGGAACGGAAACCGGCGCAGUUUAAUGUGCUGGAGGGCUUCGCGGAGCUGAAGAAGAAGGUGGCGGAACGCAAAGCCAUCGUCGACGCGGAGAGCAGUCCGCUGGUCAACGGGGAGCGCUGCUCGCCGGAAGCGGAGAAAAACGGGAAGAUUGUGGAGAAGGACAAGGAGACGGGCGGGUUUAAUGUGGCCAGUAGUUUCGCGCUGCUGAUGAAUUCGGUUAAUGAGAAGAAGGCCAAAGCGGAGACGCCGGGCAAAGUGGAAGAGCCGGUGGUGGUUGUGGAGAAGAAACCGGAAGAAGAAGAAAAUCCGAUAAAGGAGACGACGGAAAAAGUGGAAGAUGAAGGAUACAGCGAGGUCUCCCCGAAAACCGAAGAAAAAUUAAAAGAAAAUGGUCAGAAGGAGGAGAAAGCCGACGGGAAGAAGAAGGUCAAGGAAAAAAGCCCCUCCGUCGAGAAAAAACCCUUGGAACCCAUCGCGGAGACAGCGGAACUCCCGCGGGAGGUCUCCGUCGUCCCGGAGCCCCGCCCCGAGCCGACGGCGUCCACCUCGACGGUCGUGGAGGACGACAACAAACUCUUAGCCGACUGCAUCUACGCCGCCAUGCCCGUCCGCAAACCAGUGCACCCGGUCAAAACGGACAAGAAACGCCGCCCGAAACCCCCGAAUCCCCGUUUAGCGGCCGCCGGGAAGACCUCCUCGCGCCACCGCCGCAUCGAGGACGCCAUGAAACGCACCGCCAGCGAGGGAGGCGCCGGAAGUCCCGCCGGACACCCUCCAGGAUCCGGGAGUCCCGCUGGACACCUCCGGGGUCCGGGAGCCCCGCCGGAGACCCUCCGGCCAGUCAGAGCGGGAUGCUGCGGUCCAAAUCCGUCGGGGAUCGCGCCGGGUUGCGGUUGGAAUUAAAAAGGGAUGAGGCGACGUCCCCGUUGGAUGGGGAGGAGGAGGUGAACGGGGGGAGGGACGGGAGUUCGCCGGAUCUCGGGGAUUUGUUGGAUGGACGCCGGGAGUGCGCCGUGGAGUCGCGGUUCACGUCCGAGGAGGAGGGG